AUGUCUGUCAAAACAAAGGAAUUUGGUGCCAAAGAAUACUGGGAUGAGGAAUACCAGAAGCAGAACACAACAUUUGAAUGGCUUGAAGUAUAUGAUACCUUGAAACCUUUCAUAGAAAGGCAUAUUAAGCGCAACCAGAAAAUUUUAAUGCCUGGAUGCGGUAAUUCCACUCUUGGCCCAGAUAUGUAUCAAGAUGGAUAUAAGACUAUACAUAAUUCCGACUUCUCUGAAGUGGUUAUUGAUCAAAUGAAAGAGAGAUUUUCUCAUCUUGAUCAAAUGGAAUGGUUUGUUGAUGAUAUGCGAAAAAUGAACCUUCCUGAUAAUUCUUAUGAUACUAUUCUCGAUAAGGGUGGGCUCGAUGCUCUCUACACAAUAGAUAACGAUGGCAUUGCUGCUGAAGAAGCUCUCUUCGAAUACGCCCGAGUAUUGAAACCAGGAGGCAAAGCCUUCAUAAUUUCAUUUGGUCAGCCUGUUGAUAGAGAAUGCAAUUUCGAUCGUCCAAAUAAGACCUGGAAGUAUGACGGAUUCGAAAUGCUUCCAAGAGAAAUUGCUCCAAAUACAUAUCGUCACAUCUACGUCUUAACAAAGCCUAGUUAA